UCUAUAUUAAGCGCCUAAUAAAAAUGAUAUGAAUUUAUAUUUAAAAAUUUUGUAUCUCAAUGUUUUAGCAAAAUGCACUUUACAAUUAGUUCCUGAAAUAGGGGAUAAAUUUGAGGAUUUAUACAAAGAUGGUUACUGGUAUGUUAUGUUUUAUGCCCCAUGGUGCAAUCAUUGUCAACAUUUGGAACCAUUAUGGAGUAAAGUUGCUGAUAUAUUAUAUCAUACCCCUAUUAAAGUUGCUAAAAUUGAUGCCACAAAACACAGAUAUCUAGCAAAUAAAUUUAAAAUUAAUGGCUUUCCUACAAUUAUAUUCUUUUCUAAUGGUAAACCACACGUAUAUGAUGGGAGUAGAAAUGUAGCCGAGUUUUUGGUGUUCGCUGAUAAAGUUAAAGGGCCUUAUGUUAGACAAUUGUCUAAUCCUCAACAGUUUUUGGACGUUUUGGCGAUUCAUUCUAAUGGAGUAUUUUUUAUGUUUGUCCAUAAAUCGAAAAAUGAGAAAAACAAAGAAAUUGAAAAUGCUUACAACUCUAUUGCCUCACAGCUUUACGUUUCAACGUACUUUUAUUCAAUUGAUCAUUCGGAUUUACCAAUGGAAUACACCAAACUUAUCGACGCUCCCCCCAAUUCUAAAUCAACGUUCGUUCCAGAUAUUUUUUCCUUCAAGGACAACAGAAUUUACCCCUAUCUACCUACUAUUUCUCUGGCUUCCGCGACGGAACAACCCGACGAUACCUUAAUCGUUGGUCGAAAAAAGGACACAUUUACGGGACCUCUUUUGGAGGAAGAAACUUUGCCAGUUGUUGGCUACCAAGGGCUGGGAAAAGAUGGAGAAAUGAUUGAAAAGGCGAUUUACAAAUGGAUCAGAUGUCAACAAUUCAAAUCUUUCUUUAACAUCGAUUCAAAUGCUAUUCAUGAGGCGAGAUGGUGCGGGAGAUACGUGGUCAUUGCUUACGUCAAAAUAUAUUCCAAUAAUCAAAUCGAUACCUCUUGCAAAAACGUUACGAACACGUUGGAACAUUUAGCUCUAAAUUUUAGGCCCAUUUACGAUCACACCUUUUGGUUCGGUUACACCGGUGACACCGAUCUGAUAUCGUCUCUUACGGCCUCAUCCCUUUCUUACCCAUCUUUACUAGUCUUCGACUCUGUUACUACAAAAUAUUUCCUUUUUCGCCAUAACUAUGAUCUUGUAAAUCUUAAUAAUCUACCGAAUCAAAAUGAAAAUGAAAACACUCGGGACAGAGCGAAAGAUACGGGAAAUAAAAAUCGGGAGGAAAUUUUGACGUUAACUUUGCGAGAUUUUUUGGAAGGCAUUUUGAAGGGGAAAGUAAAGGCCCACGGAGGAAAUAGUAUCGGUUUCAAGAUAUAUCGUAACGUAUUUACCACAUAUCGAACUGUUACGGACAUGUUUUCAGCCCAACCCAUUCUCUCUUGCGUUAUAUUCGGCCUACCACUGGUAAUACUUUGUUUCAUUUUCUGGAAUGUAUUUUGUUCCAGCAAUGAUGGUCCUGAAGGUAAUAAUUAUGGUGACGGAGAAACCGAGGAAGAAGAUAGCAAAGAGGAUACUGGUAGUGAAACAGAUAAUAAUUCGCGACUAUAUGCUGAUGGCAAUUACGGAUCACGGGACAAAUCCAAAACCGAUUAUGUUGGGCAAGUUGCACAUUCCUUAAGCGAUAGGGAAUGGACAGAAGAAGAAGGAAUAAAUGACGAAAAUACUAACCUCGAGGGAUAUAAAAAUAAAGAUUAUCCUUACGUUAUAAGGAGAAGAAAUACGGGAUCUCUCAAGACUCGUCACAGAAGACUGAUUAGACACCAUUGAAAAUAUUUAUAACUUCUUAGCCAAGUGAGCGAAUUUGAAUGCCCCAAAAAAAUAUUUAUAUUAUACUAUUCAUCAAAAACAUUUACAUUGGUCUGGAACCAAACUACUAACCCACACGGCGUAAAUAAAUUUUUUUUUAGAAAACUUAAAUGAACAAAAUUUUUUAAAAAUUCUAUUUGUAACAUUGAGAUAAUCUUAUUAUUGUUUUUUUACAAUGUGUUCAAAUAUUGUGGCAUUUAAUUACUCUAAUUUUAUAUGGAAUACCAUGAUGGUUAUGAUUUGUUAUUUUAUUUUUUCUUGUACAAUAGAGUUUUUUUUUUUUUACUAUAAAUAUGUUAAUAAGUGCAAUAUGUUUAAUGUAAAAUCAUGGGAAAAUUGUUUAACUAAAU